AUUUAAUUUUCCAUUAGUUUAGUAUAAUAUAAAAGAAGUUGGUGGUUGUUAUUGAAAGCUAAAAGUGUGUUGUGGAUAGGUUUGUGUCCGUACUGUGCAGAGCAGGCCAAGGGAGGACAACACAGCACCAGACGUAACACAGAAAGGCACUGUGUUCAAAGGGUGCCAUAAACUGUGGCUUCAUUUAAUGUAUUUUGGCAGAACAAGACAGUGACAGGGCCGUGGGUGCCUGCGUGUGCUGGUGCAAGCUUGGUGCCUGCCUGGAGGUGCCUACAGGGAGGUGCCUACAGGGCCACCAAGGCUAAUAUUGAUAGUAAUUGACGAACACAACACACCACGUGGAGAGAAGCAAGGUGUGGAGUACCCAAGCCUCUCACAGUCCAUGCUAGUAGACUCACCCUGCAUGUGGAGAUCUCCCAAAAUGCACGGAGGUUAUUCCAGAGCUGCAGGACAGAGUACUUGAGGCCAUUGGUGAACAGAAAGCUGAGGUUGAACAAAGCCAAGAAUUGAUAGCUGCCCAAGGUGUAAGCAAGAUUCACAAUGAUGAGGUCAUUGUGACGUGUGCAAUGUGUCCACUGGUCUUGGCCUUCCUGACCAAGGCAGCCACACAAAGGAAAUUCCACGUUAUUGUUGCCGAACGUGCCCCUAAAUAUGAUGGUCACCCAGUGGCAAAAGCUUUAUGUACUGCUGGAAUUGAGACAACAUUAAUUCAAGACUCUGCAGUGUUCCCCAUCAUGUCACGUGUCAACAAGGUCAUCGUUGGCACCGAGACGGUGGUGACCAACGGAGGCAUUGAGACCUUUGUUGGUGCAGCCUCUCUUGCCUCACCACCAAAGUUUUAUUCUGUUCCACUGUAUGUGUGCACUCCCACAUACAAAUUUAGCUUGAUGGGCUGUGAAGAAAUAAGCCACCAAACCACCACUUCUAUUAUCCCAGAGGGAACAAAGUUUUGGCCGUCUGUAAAUACUGCGCUGACUCAGCUAGAUUACGUUCCUCCAGAAAAUGUCACUGGUUUCAUAACUAACAAUCGAGGUACUGCACCAUCCUACGUGUACCGGCAGCUUAGCGAACUGUACCGUCCCACUUCUUGUGAUCUCUAAGGUAACAGCUUUAAUCCUUGCAAAUAAGGAAUAAGAGAAAAGAGACACACCUGCCAUUUGUACUGUUAUGCUGUAGUGUUCUGUCAUUUUUUUCCUCUUUUAUCCUAGAACCAUUUUUGGUCAUUCAUGUUUAUAAAAAUUAUUAUACAAAAAUGUUGAGCUUAAUAUGUUUGGUGUAGUUUUUUGUAACAUGUGUUAUUGUUAAUGUGUGUGGUUCCCCUCAGGAAGAAUGUUGCAGUAUUAGCAGUAAUGUUACAGCCAAUGGAAGUGUCUGUAUUGUGCUUUGGUGGGAGGUUAAUUUGAUGUAUUUUUAGAGUUGUGCAGGAUAUAGCAAGCCCUCAAAAUAAAGAAAAUAACUAUAGAAAACA